AUGCACAAAAGUACUACACUUAUGGGAAACCACUAUGACUUAAUCGUCUUGACGCCAUUCGAUGCUAAAUGCAUAGUAAUAGUAAUAAACUAUUGUCAGAGCUUCUGUGAAUAAACAGAUGCAAUAGCCUACUUUGACAGAAUCUGAGUUUCUCCAUCUUUCCUCCAUCCACUGUUCUUGUACCCUCCAGGAUCCAGACUGAGGGCGGAUGUGGCGGAGGUGCCCCCGCGGAUUGUCCACCACCCCUCAGAUGUGGUGGUCAAGGUAGGCAGCCCCGCCACCCUCUCCUGCCGCGCCGAUGGCACACCCGAGCCCUCCAUUGAGUGGCUCCGCAAUGGCCAGCCCCUGGAGAUGGACAAGAUGGACAGCCAAUCGCGGCCCAUUGUUCUGUCGGAGGGCAGCCUUUUUUUCCUCAGCGUGGUGCCAGGGAGGCGGAGUCAGUCACAUGAGGGCGUGUACACGUGCAUGGCAAGGAACAACGCAGGCAAGGCCACCAGCCGCAACGCCUCUCUCUAUAUCGCAGGUAAGACUGUGGGGAUGUCUUUCAAAUUAGAUGGACAUGCGUAUCUUGUUAUAAAUUCCAAGAUGCCAUGCAAAAAUAAUUGCACAGUAGGAUACCAUGUUAUAGAGAGGUCCCACUGUUAUAGAUCAUGUGAGUGAAGAGACUAUGUAACAGUCUCAGCAGUGUGCUAAUAAACCACUCAAGAGCUUGAUUGGCUGAAUCAGGUGUGUUUAUACUGAGAUGGAACCAAAGCCACACACAGCUGCCUUCCAGGACAAGGACUGAAAAACACUAUGCCAGAUGGAUGUGGAAAUCUGGCCUUAGAAUACAUUCUGUUGUCUUGGUUGGAUGGCUCUCUGUGGCUCCUACAUCCUGUCCCAUUCACUUUCUCUCUCCCUCCAUGCUGGUCUUAAAUGUGAUAUCAAGCUGAUAUAUGAUCCUUCAGGUCCAUGGGAAGCCCCCAGUAACCACAGACCCACAGACCACUGCUCCAGAGAGAAAGCGAGAGAUCGAGAGAGAGGUGUUGAGAUUGUCUGUGGGAUUACUGAGUAGAAUUAAAUGGGGUCCAAUAUCAAUGUUUACCCCACUCCCCAGGACAAACACUCUGCGAAUUUACCCCUGAUCCCCAGCCUCUGUUUGCACCCAAAAUAGGGUCACCCACAGACCACUGGAUUCCAGAGCUGGAUGGUAUAAUUAGUGGCUGAUUGACUUGUUGGGGGGAACUUCCCUGGAGCAGUACGUGGUGGAGACAUGGAGCCAUUGGGACAAUAAGCAGUGGCACUUUACUUUCGAUUGAGUUAUAGUAGCAGAUCGAUUGUGGUAUAGUUUGCGUUUAACCCUUAUUUAUCCAGGUUAGUCUCAUUAAGAUAAUUGUGCAAUCGUGACCUUGAGUUCAAGAAUACCCUUAAUACAUUUUUAAGAAGUCCAGCCUUGGAUCAUUCCUUGAUAAAGAGUGCUGAUAUUCUACUAGUAGUUUAUGGCACUAGACCAUUGUAACCAUACGUGUGACCAAGCAGACACCAAAUACUUUUUGUCUCAUGAUUCCAUGUGGUGUCCCAAUGUAAUACCUAUGUUAUGACAUCAGUGAAGUUUUAAACAGGCAUCCUAAACGUGUGGUAAUAUAUACAUGCAAGGUGAAAAGGCCAUUGUCUCUGUCCUUUUGGAUAUAAUGGAAGGGACCUCCUUAGACCUUCAACUGAAAUGGUUCACAGUGACUCUAAACGAUUGAGUAAACAUGACUUGUUCCUGUAAAGAGGUCAGGCUUGUCUAUCAUGUACUUGUGCUUAUGUCACUGUAGACAGGUCAAGUUUGCUCUAUGAAUUGUUAGGGACCUGGACAAAAGCACUGUGUAUUCCGUGUGUAGAAUAUCUUUAUAUUUAGAGCUGUGCGAUGUGGUCCAAAAUGUAUAGUAUGGUGUGGUAAUGGUACUGUGAAAUAAGCCUUCAUUAUAAGCCUUGCUAGUUUUUGGUUGUCAGAACUCAAAUUUGUGGGAAGCCAAGUCAAGCAGGCAGUGAUGCGUGUUGUGCUGGCCACAUGUUUCCCAGGCAAUGUUUAUGAACUACAGGCUUGUAGACUGACUUUGACGUUGUCAUGCAAUGUAAUGUUAUGGCCUUGUGCACCAGCUAGUCUCAGACCCACUGUUUAUGAAUGGACGAACCUCUGUGUGUUCUUUCAGCUCUGCGUGAGGACUUCCGAGUGAAGCCCAGUGAUGUGGAGGUGGCUGUGGGGGAGGUGGCCGUGAUGAACUGCAGCCCGCCGGUGGGCCACCCCGAGCCCAAUGUCACCUGGAGAAAAAACGGGGUCCCCAUCAACAACACCGACCCGCACUUCACUGUGAGACCUCCUUUAUAACAUAGCUACAUGCCUUGUAGGGGUUUGUAUGGUUUUUUAAACGGGAAAUUGACAAUGGGACAGUUGUCAGUCUGUGCAUUUCAGUGCACUAAAUGUAUUUUCAAGACACUGGUUUUUCCAUAUCGUAAUGAAUUUGUUGAACUUCAAAUAAUUUUCAAUGGUGGCAGGAGUUGAAAUUCAUACUGUUUUGAAUACUUAUUUCUCAAAUCAUGUCAGUGGUAUCACGAUAUUACCAAUAGAGGGCACUGUUGUACAACAUUUUGAUUAAAACCACAGGCUGCUUCAUACAUUUUCCUCCAUUUUAAUAAAAGAGGACCUUGGAUGAAAAACAACCCCCCAAAAAAUCAUCACCAUUUAUGUUCUGCACUAAAACUUUUUUAACUCUAUGUGGUUGCUCCCCAUGUGACCUAUAGGAACUGAAUGGGAAGUUGAUCAUCGCCCCAGCCCAUAAGAAUGACUCUGGCGUGUACAUCUGUGUGGCCUCUAACACUGUGGGAGUAAGAGAGAGCAGGGCCGCCCGCCUGUCUGUCCUAGGUAAGAUGAACCCUGACCCCAUGUACAGUACCAUUUUAGCAAUAACCUUUUUUACACUGCUGAGCCAAGCUGUACUUCGCUGGCCUGAUUAUGCAUCCACCAUAGUUGCUGGAACGAUGCUGGAAAUGAAAAUGUGAAAAGAACAGAGUCCGCUCUGUACAGUUUGGGUCGGCACAACAGUGUGAAAAAGGUAUGUCAAUGUUUGCUAUUGAUAAAAGGGAUGGCAUGGAAUUGAAUGCUUAGAAAUAUGAUAUGAAUAACCAUUAUUUGUGUAUUUGCCCAUGCUUUCUCCAUCCCCAGCCAAGCCAGUGUUGGUGCUGAAGCCUCAGGAUGUGUCGGUGUUGACGGGGGAGUCUGCCCAGUUCUACUGCGAGGCUAAAGGAGACCCCAUGCCUGCUGUGGAGUGGAGCCGCGAGCAGGGCCCUCUGCCCAACGGCAGGUCUGAUUCUUGAUGCAACAAAAAAAAGCUUUAUUGUCCAUUAAAUCUACACUAACAACUGUCCUUGACAUGAGGUGCAUAUCUUGACAUGAGGUAUACAGUAUAUGUAACAUUAAAAAACAAUGACAUAAGACAUUGAACAUGUAUUACAACAUGGGGUUUGUAUGCAUGACUGUAAGUAGCUUUGGAUAAAAGCGUCUGCUAAAUGGCUUAUAUUAUUAUAUACAGGAGGUCCAAAAGUAUUUGGACGGUGACAAUAUUUAUAUUUUUGGCUCUGUACUCCAGCACUUUGGAUUUGCAAUGAUACAAUGACUAUGAGGUUAAAGUGCAGACUGUCAGCUUUAAUUUGAGGGUGAACCGUUUAGAAAUUACAGCACUUUUUGUACAUAGUCCCCCUGUUUUAAGGAACCAAAAGUAUUUUAACAAAUUCACUUACAUUAUGUGUAUUCAAGUAGUCAAAAGUAUUGGGGUUAUGAUCUUUGUGCCUCUUUGAGCUACUCCUUAGCACAGUCAGUACAUGUGUCAUGAAAUGCAUUAUUACUAUACAAUAAUAUUAAUAAUAAUAUGUAAUUCUUUGAUUUCUAAUAAUUUCAUACAGUUGCUAUAGUGAAUGUUGUGUUGGUUGCUGUGUCAUGUCUGUAGGUAUCUAGUGAAUCCUGACCAGAGCCUCCAGAUCCACUACGUGACACCACAGGAUUCUGGGAGGUACACCUGUACAGCUGUCAACGACAUGGGGGUGGUCACUGCCAGCGCACAGCUCCUGGUGGAGGGUAAGAGCGCUUAGCUUGGGCCUUCACCACUACAUCUAUGUGUUGUGUAUUUGUUGAAUGUGUAAUGUUCAGUGUUUAUUUUGUAUACAGCAGUACUGUGUGUCUAAAACAAUUUCCCCCUGAGGGAAAUUAAAGUUGAUCCUGUCCUAUCCUAUUUACUUACAGCUAGAAUAGUAUGUAUUUCUUUCUCCCAAGGGAACACCGCAAACUCUACUGGAAUGCAAAACAAGGAUCAUAUUAUUCACGAUACUUGCAGCAGGAUGUAUCACAAACAAAAACCUGACUUUUUAUUUUUUAUGAUGUUCGUGAGAUGGUGGCGGAAAUUAGUGUGGUUCUAAAGUAAACUGUUUUUAGGAUCACUAUGGGACUUUAUUUUGUUACAUGGAGUUUAGUUUGUGUCAAUUUCAGUGCCAGUAGGGAACUUCAAUUUAUGUACUUCAAAGUGUACAAAAUUAUUUUCUAUGAAGAUUUUUCUCCCUCCUUCACAGAAGCUGCAAGCACCAGACAGAGGGACCUUCACAGAGAGUUGUCGGCCCUGCGCAUAGCUCUGGAGAAUGUGACGGUGCUGACUCCAAACUCCAACAUGUCCCAAGUGCAGUGGAAGGUACGGACAUCAGACACGUCACAUGGAGGCGCAUAUAUUACUAUGAAAACUGUUUGCACAUAACAGAUGACUGCAUCAAGAUGUUGAGAGAUCCCCCAGCUAACACUUCAAUAAGGAACUCCUAAUGUAAGGAAUUGACAUUUUGCUGAACUAAUUCAGGACUGCCAUUUUUUAUGUUUGUUUAGAACAUUAUUUUCAUGUCACAAACCACAUUUCCAUCCACAGUUGUUAUGCGAGUAAAGGCAUACCGUAUAUAAAAAAAAGAAUGACAGCUGUGAUGGAAACAGGAAGCUUCGGUACAAUUUUAUAAAUGCCGACAGAUCAUUUGUUAGUUCGACAUGGUGGGAUCUUUUUGUGUCUGUAAAAUCAGUUAUGCGAGAAAUGGUGGUGGAAACGCCUUUAUGCGCAAAUAUUUAUAUAAUAACCGUCAUAUUGAAGUAAACUUGGAGUCACGUGAUGAUAUGGUGUGUGGUCCUCCCACUCUGACUUGGGGAAACUAUGCAGUUUAUUAGGAUACAGAUUAAAUAAAUUAUGAUGAACUUCACUGGGUGGUGAAAGUGCACAGUGAUCUCGAUGCUCCUUUCCAAUAAAUAUUGAGGGUCUUAUUCUGGUGACAUGAUGAUCGAUGCUUGACUGCCGUUUGACGAAUACAAAUAUUCUCGCUCUUAUCCAUAAUAAUCUCAUCAUGUAGGCUAUCCUACCCGCACUGUAUCUGCGAACUUUAUUAGGAACAUGAAAACUUAGACUAAAAAGUUAAUUUUGUGUGCACUAUGUCAUCACACACUGAUUUUUAUCCGCAACAAGUCCAUUUGGUGGAAACACAACACUGGUGGGAAAAUGCGCAUAUUUCUUUAUGCAGAUUCUAGACUAGUCGCAUGAGAAUCUGUCACCAAUUGGAUGGAAACCUACCUACAGAUAACAUUCAAAGAAUGCAAAACUACUGGUCAUUUAACAAAGUUACCAGAAUGUUCAGUAAUUUUUGUAAUUAUCAGGUAAUCAAUGGCAAUACUAUCUAUGAAUACAUUUUGUAAGAUGUAUUCAUAGAUAGUAUUCAUUUUUUAUAUCUGCGUCCAUAUUGUCCAUGAGUUUCUAGUGGAUAUACCAUAUGGUUAAAGAGGGAUUAUAAACUGGGUAGGUCAAGCCCUGAGUGCUGAUUGGCUGACAGCAGUGGCAUAUCAGACCGUAUACCAAGGGUAUGACAAAACAUAUAUUUUUACUGCUCUAUUGCAUUGGUAACCAGUUUAUAAUAGCAAUAAGGCACCUCGGGUGUUUGUGGUAUAUGGCCAAUAUACCACGGCUAAGGGCUGUAUCCAGGCACUCCACGUUACGUUGUGCAUAAGAACAGCCCUUGGCUGUGGUAUAUUGGCCAUAUACCACACCCCCUCGGGCCUUAUUGCUUAAAUAGCCAAAUUAAUGAAAAAAGCAUCUAAUCAACAAUGGCAUUAUUUUCAAUGAACUUUGCAACUCUUCCAACUAUUGACUUUUUUCAUAACUGCCACCAGUUUGGCGGCAAAAGAUUUUCAACAAAAGACAUAUUGACAUAGUAAAGGAAAUAAAAGUGUAAAAAAAUAUAUAAAUAACAUUUCAUGUCGCAACCCUCAUAUUAAACACCAAUGGUAUUCACUAAGUUGAUGGUUUAUAUUUAGGAUAAUGUUUUACAGCUUUGUCAUUGUAUUUGUUAUUUUAAAAUAAUCUUAUUUGAUUAUUUUAUAUAUUCUACAUGAAAUAAGGCCACGCAGAAGGCUAUAGAUAAUUAGACACUUCUGAAGUUCCCAUUAGAUAAUCUGAAGUUCCCAAAAUGGCCACUGUCAUGUGAUACAAUUCCCCCCAAACCUGAAAGUUACCAAAGUUCUGGUAGUGUACUGAUAAAAUUUGAAAGUUACCAGUAAUAUACCCUCCCAUUGCAACUCUAGUUUCUACACUCCAAAAGGGCAUAUCUUAUUAUUGCUUGAUAACUGUGUCUUUCCUUUUUGUUCUGUUUAUUUCAGCUUCAGUCCUUCCCAACCCAGCCUCAAUACCUGGAUGGUUUCGAGGUCCUCUAUCGCUCUCUCUUGCCCGCCAGUUCGGACUGGGCUGCUAAGAGGGUGCCACUACCCAACUUUCAAACACUGGUCGGCCCGCUCAAGAGGGGCUACAAGUAUGAGUUCAAAGUGCGUCCCUACGGCAGCAGCUUGUACGGCCGCGAGAGCAACACCAGGCACCUGCGUGUACCUGAGACAGGUAAGGAAGGGUUCAAAACAGUUAGUUGGCUGUUAUCAACUGUAAACCAAAAAGUAUGUGAAUACAGUGGCUUGCGAAAGUAUUCACCCCCCUUGGCACUUUUCCUAUUUUGUUGCCAUACAACCUGGAAUUAAAAUUAAUUUUUUUGGGGGGUAGGGUUGUAUCAUUUGAUUUACACAACAUGCCUACCACUUUGAAGAUGCAAAAUAAUUUUUUUGUGAAACAAACAAGAAAUAAGACCAAAAAACAGAACUUGAGCGUGCAUAACUAUUCAACCCCCGAAAAUCAAUACUUUGUAGAGCCACCUUUUGCAGCAAUUACAGCUGCCAGUAUGAAAAUGUAUGCACUCACUAACUGUAAGUCGCUCUGGAUCUGAGCGUCUGCUAAAUGACUAAAAUGUAAAUGUAAAUGUAAAAGUCUCUUGGGGUAUGUCUCUAUAAGCUUGGCACAUCUAGCCACUGGGAUUUUUGUCCAUUCCUCAUGGCAAAACUGCUCCAGCUCCUUCAAGUUGGAUGGGUUCCGCUGGUGUACAGCAAUCUUUAAGUCAUACAACAGAUUCUCAAUUGGAUUGAGGUCUGGGCUUUGACUAGGCCAUUCCAAGACAUGUAAAUGCUUCCCCUUAAACCACUCGAGUGUUGCUUUAGCAGUAUGCUUAGGGUCAUUGUCCUGCUGGAAGGUGAACCUCCGUCCCAGUCUCAAAUCUCUGGAAGACUGAAACAGGUUUCCCUCAAGAAUUUCCCUGUAUUUAGCGCCAUCCAUCAUUCCUUCAAUUCUGACCAGUUUCCCAGUCGCUGCCAAUGAAAAACAUCUCCACUGCAUGAUGCUGCCACCACCAUGCUUCACUGUGGGUAUGGUGUUCUCGGGGUGAUGAGAGAAGUUGGGUUUGCGCCGGACAUUGUGUUUUCCUUGAUGGCCAAAAAGCUCAAUUUUAGUCUCAUCUGACCAGAUUACCUUCUUCCAUGUGUUUGGGGAGUCUCUAAUAUGCCUUUUGGUGAACACCAAACGUGUUUGCUUAUUUUUUUCUUUAAGCAAUGGCUUUUUUCUGGCCACUCUUCCAUAAAGCCCAGCUCUGUGGAGUGUAUGGCUUAAAGUGGUCCUAUGGAUAGAUACUCCAAUCUCCACUGUGGAGCUUUGCAGCUCCUUCAGGGUUAUCUUUGGUGUCUUUGUUGCCUCUCUGAUUAAUUCCCUCCUUGCCUGGUCCGAGAGUUUUGGUGGGCGGCCCUCUCUUGGCAGGUUUGUGUCAUAUUCUUUCCAUGUUUUAAUAAUGGAUUUAAUGGUGCUCCGUGGGAUGUUCAAAGUUUCAGAUAUUUUUUUAUAACCCAACCCUGAUCUGUACUUCUCCACAACUUUGUCCCUGACCUGUUUGGAGAGCUCCUUGGUCUUCAUGGUGCCGCUUGCUUGGUGGUGCCCCUUGCUUAAUGGUGUUGCAGACUCUGGGGCCCUUCAGAACAGGUGUAUAUAUACUGAGAUCAUGUGACAGAUCAUGUGACACUUAGAUUGCACACAGAUGGACUUUAUUUAACUAAUUGUGUGACUUCUGAAGGUAAUUGGUUGCACCAGAUCUUAUUUAGGGGCUUCAUAGCAAAGGGGGUGAAUAAAUAUAUGCACGCACCACUUUUCCGUUAUUUAUUUUUUAGAAUAUCUUGAAAUAAGUUAUUUUUUUCAUCACACUUCACCAAUUUGGACUAUUUUGUGUAUGUCCAUUACAUGAAAUCCAAAUAAAAAUCAAUUUAAAUUACAGGUUGUAUUGCAACAAAAUAGAAAAAACGGCAAGGGGGAUGAAUACUUUUGCAAGGCACUGUAUACUGUAGGUGUGUCUUUGGAGACUGUAGCUCAGGAGUAGUCCAACUUUAUUGAAUAAAUAAAAUCAAUAUGAAGAUUAAAAAACAAUGAUUUGAAUCAAGAUGGGUCAUGUUUUUACACAUGUAUUGUUACACUCCAUCUUCCCGCAGUGCCUAACGCCCCACCUCAGGUUGUCUCCAUAACGAUGGCCCCUGACCACAAUGACACGGUCCAUGUGACCUGGGAGCCUCCACCCCACGAAGCUCACAACGGCAUCAUCCAGGGAUACCAGGUAAGAACAAGAUGGCUACCUACACCUUUACCUUGUAUCUAUGCCUGAAAAAUCUAGCACCAAGCAUUCUUGUAUGCUCCACAAUGUGUUUUAUGACACGUUUGAGAGCAUGCAAGAAAUUCUAGGGUGAGUUUUUUUCUCUAUAUGCCUGACAUUAUGUAAAGUUUUGAAACAACCCUCUUUUUCAAUGACCUUGUACUAUUUUUAACAUAAUAAAUUCACAUUCACAAUUUAAUUAGACAUUGUGUUGAUAGGGGGUCCUCUGCAACCCUGGUGUGCAAGCUUUUGUUCAACUGCAAAAUAACUGAUUCAACUAAGCAGUCCUGAUAGAAGAAGACCAUGAUAAUAUGAAUCAAAGGUGUGCUGGGCUGGAACAAAAGCCUGCUGUCCCUGACCAGAGUUUCAUAGUACCUCUGCUGUGGAAUCAAGUGCACCUGCACGCGCGCACACACACACGCACACACACAGUUCUCUGUAAUGCAUCCCUGGUUCCCUCUUUGAGCUCUGUGUGUGCGUUUGUCCUGUCUAGUUGUGGUGUGUGCAGUCGGAGGAGCAGCAGUACCUGAACUGGACAGUGGACAGUGGGACCCACAGUCUGGAAAUAAACCCUCUGUACCCGGGAAAAGAGUACUGGGUCCAGGUGGCAGCGGUCAACGGAGCUGGCGUCGGGGUGCAGAGUGACCCCCAUAGACUGGUCAUAGGUCAGUGACAACACGCCACAGAUAUCUGUAUGGUCAACCAAAGACCACAGGGUUACGAAACCUUACAUAAAACAAGACUGCAAUAGUAGAUUCGUGCAAUUUGCAGUCCAGUUUAUUGAAAGCGUCAAUGUGGGUUGGAAGGUUUGAAGAUUAAUUAAACAGAUGUGUGUAACAUUGUAUGUGUUAGUGUCAGUGGUGGAAAAACAACCCAAUUUUCAUACUUGAGUAAAAGUAACGAUGCAUUUAUAGAAAAUGACUCAAGUAAAAGUGAAAGUCAGCCAGCAAAUACUACUUGAGUAAAAGUCUAAAAGUAUUUGGUUUUAAAUAUACUUCAGUAUCAAAAGUAAAUGUAAUUGCUAAAAUAUACUUAAGUAUCAAAAGUGAAGGUACCUGGAAUAGUAUAACAGUAAUCCUUCUACCCCUCACCCCCCCAUGCCUUUUGGCGAAAAUCAAACGUGUUUGCUUAUUUUUUUCUUUAAGCAAUGGCUUUUUUCUGGCCACUCUUCCAUAAAGCCCAGCUCUGUGGAGUGUACGGCUUAAAGUGGUCCUAUGGACAGAUACUUUGCAGCUCCAUCAGGGUUAUCUUUGGUGUCUUUGUUGCCUCUCUGAUUAAUGCCCUCCUUGCCUGGUCCGUGAGUUUUGGUGGGAGGCCCUCUCUUGGCAGGUUUGUUGUGGUGCCAUAUUCUUUCCAUUUUUAAAUAAUGGAUUUAAUGGUGCUCCGUGGGAUGUUCAAAGUUUCUGAUAUUUUUUUAUAACCCAAGCCUGAUCUGUACUUCUCCACAACUUUGUCCCUGACCUGGUGGAGAGCUCCUUUGUCUUCAUGUUGCCGCUUGCUUGGUGGUGCCCCUUGCUUAGUGGUGUUGCAGAAUCUGGGGCCUUUCAGAACAGGUGUAUAUAUACUGAGAUCAUUACAUUUACAUUUUACAUUUUAGUCAUUUAGCAGACGCUCUUAUCCAGAGCGACUUACAGUUAGUGAAUACAUAUAUAUAAAUAAAUAAAAAUUAUACUGGCCCCCCGUGGGAAUCGAACCCACAACCCUGGCGUUGCAAACGCCAUGCUCUAUCAACUGAGCUACAUCCCUGCCGGCCAUUCCCUCCCCUACCCUGGACGACGCUGGGCCAAUUGUGCGCCGCCCAUGAGUCUCCCGGUCGCGGCCGGCUGCGACAGAGCCUGGAUCAUGUGACAGAUCAUGUGACACUUACAGUGGGGGAAAAAAGUAUUUAGUCAGCCACCAAUUGUGCAAGUUCUCCCACUUAAAAAGAUGAGAGAGGCCUGUAAUUUUCAUCAUAGGUACACGUCAACUAUGACAGACAAAUUGAGGAAAUAAAAUCCAGAAAAUCACAUUGUAGGAUUUUUAAUGAAUUUAUUUGCAAAUUAUGGUGGAAAAUAAGUAUUUGGUCACCUACAAACAAGCAAGAUUUCUGGCUCUCACAGACCUGUAACUUCUUCUUUAAGAGGCUCCUCUGUCCUCCACUCGUUACCUGUAUUAAUGGCACCUGGUUGAACUUGUUAUCAGUAUAAAAGACACCUGUCCACAACCUCAAACAGUCACACUCCAAACUCCACUAUGGCCAAGACAAAAGAGCUGUCAAAGGACACCAGAAACAAAAUUGUAGACCUGCACCAGGCUGGGAAGACUGAAUCUGCAAUAGGUAAGCAGCUUGGUUUGAAGAAAUCAACUGUGGGAGCAAUUAUUAGGAAAUGGAAGACAUACAAGACCACUGAUAAUCUCCCUCGAUCUGGGGCUCCACGCAAGAUCUCACCCCGUGGGGUCAAAAUGAUCACAAGAAUGGUGAGCAAAAAUCCCAGAACCACACAGGGGGACCUAGUGAAUGACCUGCAGAGAGCUGGGACUAAAGUAACAAAGCCUACCAUCAGUAACACACUACGCCACCAGGGACUCAAAUCCUGCAGUGCCAGACGUGUCCCCCUGCUUAAGCCAGUACAUGUCCAGGCCCGUCUGAAGUUUGCUAGAGUGCAUUUGGAUGAUCCAGAAGAGGAUUGGGAGAAUGUCACAUGGUCAGAUGAAACCAAAAUAGAACUUUUUGGUAAAAACUCCACUCGUCGUGUUUGGAGGCCAAAGAAUGCUGAGUGGCAUCCAAAGAACACCAUACCUACUGUGAAGCAUGGGGGUGGAAACAUCAUGCUUUGGGGCUGUUUCUCUGCAAAGGGACCAGGACGACUGAUCCGUGUAAAGGAAAGAAUGAAUGGGGCCAUGUAUCGUGAGAUUUUGAGUGAAAACCUCCUUCCAUCAGCAAGGGCAUUGAAGAUGAAACGUGGCUGGGUCUUUCAGCAUGACAAUGAUCCCAAACACACCGCCCGGGCAACGAAGGAGUGGCUUCGUAAGAAGCAUUUCAAGGUCCUGGAGUGGCCUAGCCAGUCUCCAGAUCUCAACCCCAUAGAAAAUCUUUGGAGGGAGUUGAAAGUCCGUGUUGCCCAGCGACAGCCCCAAAACAUCACUGCUCUAGAGGAGAUCUGCAUGGAGGAAUGGGCCAAAAUACCAGCAACAGUAUGUGAAAACCUUGUGAAGACUUACAGAAAACGUUUGACCUGUGUCAUUGCCAACAAAGGGUAUAUGACAAAGUAUUGAGAAACUUUUGUUAUUGACCAAAUACUUAUUUUCCACCAUAAUUUGCAAAUAAAUUCAUUAAAAAUCCUACAAUGUGAUUUUCUGGAUUUAUUUUUCUCAUUUUGUCUGUCAUUUUUGACGUGUACCUAUGAUGAAAAUUACAGGCCUCUCGCAUCUUUUUAAUCGGGAGAACUUGCACAAUUGGUGGCUGACUAAAUACUUUUUUUCCCCACUGUAGAUUGCACACAGGUGGACUUUAUUUAACUAACUAUGUGACUUCUGAAGGUAAUUGGUUGCACCAGAUCUUAUUUAGGGGCUUCAUAGCAAAGGGGGUGAAUACAUAUGCACGCACCACUUUUCCGUUAUUUAUUUUUUAGAAUAUUUUGAAAUAAGUAAUUUUUGUAAUUUCACUUAACCAAUUUGGACUAUUUUGUGUAUGUUCAUUACAUGAAAUCCAAAUAAAAAUCCAUUUAAAUUAGAAAUUACAGGUUGUAAUGCAACAAAAUAGGAAAAAUGCCAAGUGGAAUGAAUACUUUUGCAAGGCACUGUAUAUAUAUAUAUAUAUAUAUACAGUGAGGGAAAAAAGUUUUUGAUCCCCUGCUGAUUUUGUACGUUUGCCCAAUGACAAAGACUUGAUCAGUCUGCUGUGGGGGUGCUUUGCUGCAGGUGCACUUCACAAAAUAGAUGGCAUCAUGAGGAAAUAAAAUUAUGUGGAUAUAUUGAAGCAACAUCUCAAGACAUCAGUCAGGAAGUUAAAGCUUGGUCGCAAAUGGGUCUUCCAAAUUGACAAUGACCCCAAGCAUACUUCCAAAGUUGUGGAAAAAUGGCUUAAGGACAACAAAGUCAUGGUAUUGGAGUGGCCAUCACAAAGCCCUGACCUCAAUCCUAUAGAAAAUGUGUGGGCAGAACUGAAAAAGUGUGUGCGAGCAAGGAGGCCUACAAACCUGACUCAGUUACACCAGCUCUGUCAGGAGGAAUGGGACAAAAUUCACCCAACUUAUUGUGGAAGGCUACCCGAAACAUUUGACUCAUGUUAAACAAUUUAAAGGCAAUGCUACCAAAUACUUCUGACCCACUGGGAAUGUGAUGAAAUAAAUAAAAGCUGAAAUAAAUCAUUCUCUGUACAAUUAUUCUGACAUUUCACAUUAUUAAAUAAAGUGGUGAUCCUAAAUGACCUAAGAAAGGGCAUUUUUACUAGGAUUAAAUGUCAGGAAUUGUGAAAAACUGAGUUUAAAUAUAUUUGGCUAAGGUGUAUGUAAACCUCCGACUUCAACUGUAUAUAUAUAUAUAUAUAUAUAUGUACAUACGCUACCAGUCAAUAGUUGACCUACUCAUUCAAGGGUUUUCCUUUAUUUUUACUAUUUUCUACUUUGUAAAAUAAUAGUGAAACCAUAACAACUAUGAAAUAACACAUAUGGAAUCAUGUAGUAACCAAAAAAGUGUUUUAUAUUUUAUAUUUGAGAUUCUUCAAAGUAGCCACCCUUUGCCUUGAUGACAGCUUUGCACACUCUUGGCGUUCUCUCAACCAGCUUCAUGAGGUAGUCACCUGGACUGCAUUUAAAUUAACAGGUGUGCCUUCUUAAAAGUUAAUUUCUGGACUUUCCUUCUUAAUGCAUUUGAGCCAAUCAGUUGUGCUGUGACAAGAUAGGGGGGGAUACAGAAGAUAGCCCUAUUUGGUAAAAGACCAAGUCCAUAUUAUGGCAAGAACAGCUCAAAUAAGUAAAGAGAAACGGCAGUCCAUCAUUACUUUAAAACAUGACGGUCAGUCAAUCCGGAAAAUGUCAAGAAUUUUGAACGUUUCUUCAAGUGUAGUCGCAAAAACCAUCAAGCGCUAAGAUGAAACUGGCUCUCAUGAGGACCGCCACAGGAAAGUAAGACCCAGAGUUACCUCUGCUGGAGAGGAUAAGUUCAUUAGAGUUACCAGCCUCAGAGUUCAAGUAACAGACACAUCUCAACAUCAACUGUUCAGAGGAGACUGUGUGAAUCAGGCCUUCAUGGUCGAAUUGCUGCAAAGAAACCACUACUAAAGGACACCAAUAAGAAGAAGAGACUUAUUUAGAAUUCAAGGCACACUUAACCAGCAUGGCUACCACAGCAUUCUGCAGCGAUAUGCCAUCCCAUCUGGUUUGGGCUUAGUGGGACUAUCAUUUGUUUUUCAACAGGACAAUGACCCAACACACCUCCAGGCUGUGUAAGGGCUAUUUUACCAAGAAGGAGAGUGAUGGAGUGCUGCAUCAGAUGACCUGGUCUCCACAAUCCACGACCUCAACCAAAUUGAGAUGGUUUGGAAUGAGUCGGACCGCAGAGUGAAGGAAAAGCAGCCAACAAGUGCUCAGCAUAUGUGGGAACUCCUUCAAGACAGUUGGGAAAGCAUUCCAGGUGAAGCUGGUUGAGAGAAUGCCAAGAGUGUGCAAAGCUGUCAUCAAGGCAAAGGGUGGCUAUUUGAAGAACACUUUUUUGGUUAUUACAUGAUUCCAUAUGUGUUAUUUCAUAUAUUUGAUGUCUUCACUAUUAUUCUACAAUGUAGAAAAUAGUAAAAAUAAAGAAAAACCCUUUAAUGAGUAGGUGUUUCCAAACUAUUGACUUGUAGUGUAUAUACCCACAUUGUCAAUCGUGUGUGAUAGUGUUUCCAUCUAUCAUGAUCUCUGUCUCUGCAUUAUUUUAUUUCUGUCUGUCUGUCUCUUUUCUUCUCUCUCGGAGGAGAGAGAGGAGAGAGAAGGAGAAGAGGGAAAGAGAGAGAGAGAGCGGAGGAGAGAGAGAGCGAGAGAGCGCGAGAGAGAGCGCGAGAUAGAGAGAGAUCGAGAGACAACAAAAGAUCUCCCAAAAACUCUACACCCCACCCCCCCCCCCCACCCCCCCCCACCCCCUCCCACCCCCCCCCCCCCCCCCCCACCCCCUCUCUCUCGCUUCUCUCCUCUCUCUCGCUCUCUCUCUCCUCUCUCUCCUCUCUCUCGCUCUCUCACUGUGAGUGUGUUUUAAUUUCUUUAUGUCUUUUUUUUUUUUUCCUACCCUCCCUCUUCCAGACUCCCCGAGGUUCGGGGCCCCCCAGUCAGACGGCCCCAUUAGGGACCUGUCUCAGGUCCUGUCUGUGCUGAGGGACCCAGUGUUCAUCGGAAGCGUUGGCGCCCUCCUGUGGUGCGUCCUAAUGGUGAUGGCCGUCUGCCUGUACCGCCGUCACACCCGACCCGGCGACCACCUGGGACGAGGCCAAGGCAAGGCUAAAGGUCUGUCUGGGCUGGAAGUGGGGGCUAGCUUAUUUGUUGUAUCUUUAGCAUAGCAUAAGCUUAGCAUAGGUUAUCUUAGCAUGGAUAUGUCAUGCUAUGCUGAUCAACUGUGUUGUUAUGGGUACGUAAUUAGCGUUAGCUGCUAAUCAGGUUUUAAUGUGUGAGUAUUAUUUGGCUAAAACAAGAGAGGUUGUGGCUAUUUGAUGUGUAACUAGAGGUUUUACCCCGCACAAGGUUGUAUAGUAGCAGGCAUACUUUUACUUACAUAGGUUGGUUUUUACUUUUGACUUUGUCUCAUCAUUCAAGGUAAAAUGCUAUAUGAGAAUUUAUAUCAAGGAUACUUUAGCAUCUAUAUCAUUGUAGUGUUAAAUGACAGGAUUACCAUUAACAUCUCCAAUGUUCCUGUAUAAGCUGUGAUACCUCAUUGUGAAAUCAACCAGACUAAGUGACUGUUACUCUGGGUUUUGCAGGUUUGUACAGGUUGGCCAGUGAAGACCUCAUCAUCAAACACAGGUAGGUGGAAGACAAAGAGUGUGGCUCAUUGAAAAGGAUUUCACUACUGUCACGCCCUGGCUCUGGGACUCUGUUAUGUUGAGCCAGGGUGUGUUGUUUCUUUGUGUUUUGUGUGCUAGGGUGAUAUUCUAGUGCUUGUGUUUCUAUGUUGGCCGGGGUGGUUCUCAAUCAGAGGCAACCUGAAUCAGCUGUUGCUUAUUGUCUCUGAUUGGGAACCAUACUUAGGCAGCCGUUUGAGCAUUGUCAUGUGUGGGAUCUUGUUCCGUAUGGUUUGUGUUGUAACCAAGGACUUCACGUUUCGUAUCGUUUGUUGUUUUGUUCGUGUGGUGUUCUCUAAAUAAUAAAGUAUGUUCACAUUCCACGCUGCGCAUUGGUCCACUUCUCAAGACGAUCGUGACAGAAGAUCCCACCAUAACUGGACCAAGCAGCGUGUCCAGGAGCCAACGCCAGAGGUGACUCUGAAGGAUAUCAACCUCGACAGGGUCAAGCCGCGGGAGGAGGAGAGAGGCUGGACUUUGGAGCAGUGGAGCAAGAGUCUGGCGAGAGCCAUGGAGGCCUGGCCCAUGGGGAGGAGAGACGCCCAGAAUUUUUUUAGGGGGGGGCUCACGCCGUGGACGACGGGGCAGCAGGAGGCCGGGAUAGAGUGGUUCAGCGGGUUGGCAAAGGAGGCCGCCAGGUUACGGGAGUCACUGGUCACCAGGGGGAAGGAGAAUGUAGAGGCACGGCGAGAGGUACUGGGGUGUGUUGCCAGUCCGGUCCGGCCCGUUCCUGAUCCCCGCGUAGGGCCAUGGUGUGUGUUCCCAGUAUGGUCCGGCUUGUUCCUGUCCCUCGCACCGAGCCUGUGGUGCGCGUCGUCAGCCCGGUCCGGCCUGUUCCUGCUCCCCGCACCAAGCCAGUGGUGCGCUUCGUCAGCCCGGUUCGGCCCGUCCCUGCUCCCCGCACCAAGCCUGUGGUGCGCGUCGUCAGCCCGGUCCGGCCUGUUCCUGCUCCCCGCACCAAGCCAGUGGUGCGCUUCGUCAGCCCGGUUCGGCCCGUCCCUGCUCCCCGCACCAAGCCUGUGGUGCGCGUCGUCAGCCCGGUCCGGCCUGUUCCUGCUCCCCGCACCAAGCCAGUGGUGCGCUUCGUCAGCCCAGUUCGGCCCGUCCCUGCUCCCCGCACCAAGCCUGUGGUGCGCGUCGUCAGCCCGGUCCGGCCUGUUCCUGCUCCCCGCACCAAGCCUGUGGUGCGCUUCGUCAGCCCGGUUCGGCCCGUCCCUGCUCUCCGCACCAAGCCAAUGGUGCGCGUCGUCAGCCUGGUCCGGCCCGUCCCUGCUCCCCGCACCAAGCCUGUGGUGCGCGUCGUCAGCCCGGUCCGGCCUGUUCCUGCUCCCCGCACCAAGCCUGUGGUGCGCUUCGUCAGCCCGGUUCGGCCCGUCCCUGCUCUCCGCACCAAGCCAAUGGUGCGCGUCGUCAGCCUGGUCCGGCCCGUCCCUGCUCCCCGCACCAAGCCUGUGGUGCGCGUCAUCAGUCCGGCACAGCCCGUGCCUGUUCCACCGGUGCCUGGUCCGGCACCGGUCAGCUGCUCCACUCCGGAGCUAGAGCAAUCCGCUCCACCAGUGUUCAGUCCAGCUCCGGCCAGCAGGGCCAGACCGGACCAGGGGCGCUUUGAGGGGUUUGUGGGAGGGUGGGGGUCAAGCCCAGAGCCGGAACCGCCUCCGGGGAGGAAUGCCCACCCGGCCCUACCCUGUUCGGUUUAUGUUUGGCGCGGUCGCAGUCCACGCCUUUGGGGGGGGGGUACUGUCACGCCCUGGCUCUGGGACUCUGUUAUGUUGAGCCAGGGUGUGUUGUUUCUUUGUGUUUUGUGUGCUAGGGUGAUAUUCUAGUGCUUGUGUUUCUAUGUUGGCCGGGGUGGUUCUCAAUCAGAGGCAACGUGAAUCAGCUGUUGCUUGUUGUCUCUGAUUGGGAACCAUACUUAGGCAGCCGUUUGGGCAUUGUCAUGUGUGGGAUCUUGUUCCGUAUGGUUUGUGUUGUAACCAAGGACUUCACGUUUCGUAUCGUUUGUUGUUUUGUUCGUGUGGUGUUCUCUAAAUAAUAAAGUAUGUUCACAUUCCACGCUGCGCAUUGGUCCACUUCUCAAGACGAUCGUGACAACUACUUUUUGUUUUGUAAUAAAUAAAUGUAUAAUAUGAUCGGAUCCACUGUAUGUGCCUCCUAGUUUUGCCAUUUUAACCAUACCCAAUACAUGGGAUUGACCUACUGACUGACUGACUGACUGAUUGACCUGUGUCUCUGCAGAAUGGCGGCCCCAGACUCACCGUGGAUCUCGGGUGCGUGGAGACCGGCCCAGAGUGGCGAGACGUACCAGGGCACAUGGGCUCAGAGCCAGGAGAACCUAGGCUUCAGGAAGACCAGUGAGUUCUGCUUUACAGCUUGUCUAGAAUCAGUUAAUCCUACCACAGUUCUUAAUAUAAGCGUUAAUAGUUGGAUAUAAAAGACUGGCCCUGGACCAGUUGAUAAUGCAACUCAGUACUCAGUUAGUUUGCCCUGUGUGCUAAAAGUGUAAGCUUUUAACAUAGAUUUUUAGGUCUGAGGCUAUUCAUCUGCUACCUCUGCUAUUCAUUAUGGAAGCUCAGUUAACCACCUCUGCUAUGUAAACAAUACACUUGAUCCAGAAUUUCUCCAAUCUUAGAUCGAUAAUUUGUUUGACAACUCAAAAAUACAAUUCCAGCCACACAAGUGUAUGCACAGCAUUUAAAAUCCACACAAGUGGAAGCAAGCUUUUUAAAAUCCACACAAGUAGAAGCAAGCUUUUUAAAAUCCACACAAGUUGAAGCAAGCUUUUUAAAAUCCACACAAGUGGAAGCACAGCAUUUAAGAUAAUUGAGGAUAACAGAUAGUGGUCCUCUUCUUAUUCCAGCGUUGCCAAUCACAGCCAAGAAGGACCCCGGCUCCCUGGACUCGGCUGUCCCUAUCGUGCCCGACAGCUGCGGUAUCUACGGGACGUUCUACGUGGACCUUACGGGCAACGGCCUCAAGACAUUCAACAGCCCCACCCGAUGCCCCAAGAGGCCCCACUGCCACACCUCCUCCUCCUCACACUCCUCCCAGUACAGCGCAGAGACGGUGCGCAUCUCCCAUCCUGCCACCACUGUCAAGACCACGCUGGUCACGGAUGGCCAGGCCCUGCCCCCAGCCCAGCCCAAGAUGGGCGUGCUCAAGGAAUCAUGGGAGAAGAAUUACAAACGAGGUGAUAGUCAAUGUGGCCUUCUUACAUGGUUUUGAUGUCUUUGCUAUUGGUGAACAUCGAUCUGUAGUUACUGUUCAGUCACAGACUUUGUCCCCUCCCCCAGAGCUCCAUGCGGUGAACAGCGCCCCCUUGGUGUCGUCGAGGAGCCAGGCGCUGGCUGUGAGGGGAGUGCCUUAUAAACAGAGGCUCAGCCACCUCCCACCAGGUAUUGUACUGUCAUCUUACACCACUCAUACCCUAAAGGCUUUUAAUUCUCAUGGACAAUUAGAACAAGUGUUUUCACUGUCCCCCAGGGUAUGUACGAUUUUGUUCUAUUCCAGCACUAGCACACCUGAUUAAACUAAUCAAGGGCUUGGAAAUUAGCUGCUUUUCUUAAAUCAGGUGUGUUAGUGCGGGGCUAGAACAAGUAUGUGCAACGCUGAUUGUUCCCUCAGGUAUGGAUGGUACAGAACCACUGCCCUUGACAGUUAUUGUUGUUGUUGUUGUUGUGUUGACCUUGGUGCCUGUGUGUAUUCUUCCUCCAGGUGGGCGCUCAGAGUGCAUCAAACCCCUGGCGUCACCCGGCAUCCUGCACUACUCAGCCUCACUGCACCUGGUGGACAUGCUGCCCACCCCGCCCCCGCUGCCCAUGGACGACACCACAGACACACACAGCCUCACCUCAGAGGAAGGGUACGGAACACACACACACAUGCAUGUACACACAAACAUAACCACAGACACACACACCCACACAGACACCCACAGACAUACACAUAGACAUUGGCAAGACUCCCCAAUCCCACUCCCGCUCUCUCCGUGCCACUGUUCAAGACGUCCUGACCCAUUCUCAAGACCAAGGAUACUUAUGAUGACUAACACUUACCACACAUGACACAUGAGAGAAUACUCAUCAAACUGAGCUCAAUAAAUUUACCAUCUGUUACAUCUUUCAUUGGCUGUAGCAUUAUAUUAAUAACUCCCCUGUAGUGUGUUGAUGAUUGGUGCUCUCAGAGACAUACUUCUGAACAAUAACCAAGGAUCAAAGGGUUCUUCAUCAUUUCUCCUUAUGGACCUUGUAUUUAGCCCCUUGAAUCAAUAAGACCAGUCAUCUACAGUACAUCUGAGCACAUGAGCAUCUAUGAGCCAUGUGUUUCUCACACUCUGCCACAGGGCUCCCUUGUUUACUUCCUGUUGACCUCUUCCUGACACCAAUCUAUCACAGCUUCUCCCAUUCCCCACUCUCUAAUGAGCCACUGCGCUCUGCUUCCCUCCAUUUCCUCUGCCAUUAUAGUAAAACCGUAUGGCCUGAAGUGGUUUCCUGUCUCCCGCUGGGGGAAAUGAUUGUACUUCCUCCUUUCUCUUAGCCCCGAUGACAGGGCCUUGACAAGGCUCUUAGAACGGCAACCAAGACGCACCAAUCAAAUGCCAAUUUACAUGACCAUGAAUGACAUGUAACCACAGUGUUAACAAAGAAAACUGCUCAAUUCAAGUUAUAGUACGACUAUAUUCUCUUGCAAGGAAUAGCACUAUUAUCACGAAAUAAAUGGGAAUUUCUUGUAACUACAGUACAUUUAGGCAACUAAGCACCAAGUGUGACUACCUGUGUGAUUUUCUCCUACACUAGAGUCUCAUUUUUGGCUUAUACCUAAUAUAAAUAAUAUACUAAUAUUUUGGCUUAAAGGCCCACUCUGUGAUUUAGCCAUUUUGUCAUUAAUGUAUGAUACACACGUUGAUUCUUGAAGAAUAUAACUUAUAAAUGUCUCAUGAAUUUAGUCUGAAGUAUUGGAAAUUACCGUCUGACCCUUUCUUCACACCUAGGUCCUGCAGGUCCAUUAAGCUGACAGUGGAUGCCGGGUCUCUCCAGUCUGUGUGUGCUGCGUCCGGUCUCCGCGGCCCCCCAUCCAACACCAACACCAUGGGCUGCCCCUCCUACAGCCGCCUGUCCACUGCCUCCUACUGCCUGUCAUUGGACGAGGAGCAGGACGUGACGAUGACCUCACAGGAAGUCACCCAGCACCUGGAGCUCAGCCCCAAAGCCGAGAGGCGCAGGUAGGUUUGCCGUGGAAACCUAGGGGUGGCAACCAUCGGAGAGUGAGAGGGUUACUGUCAGAGUCAUUGAUUGAGGGGCUAUGCUUUGACGCUAUCUAUUCUACUACAUCAAUUGAUAAGGGCUUUUAAAGACAACCAAAAUUAUUGUCAGUAAUAUUCAAUAUAAACUCAGCAAAAAAAGAAACGUCCUCUCACUGUCAACUGCGUUUAUUUUCAGCAAACUUAACAUCUGUAAAUAUUUGUAUUAACAUAACAAGAUUCAACAACUGAGACAUAAACUGAACAAGUUCCACAGACAUGUGACUAACAGAAAUGGAAUAAUGUGUCCCUGAACAAAGGGGGGGUCAAAAUCAAAAGUAACAGUCAGUAUCUGGUGUGGCCACCAGCUGCAUUAAGUACUGCAGUGCAUCUCCUCCUCAUGGACAUCACCAGAUUUGCCAGUUCUUGCUGUGAGAUUCCCGGACAUUUCUGGGGGGAAUGGCCCUAGCCCUCACCCUCCGAUCCAACAGGUCCGAGACAUGCUCAAUGGGAUUGAGAUCCAGGCUCUUCGCUGGCCAUGGCAGAACACUGACAUUCCUGUCUUGCAGGAAAUCACACACAGAGCGAGCAGUAUGGCUGGUGGCAUUGUCAUGCUGGAGGGUCAUGUCAGGAUGAGCCUGCAGGAAGGGUACCACAUGAGGGAGGAGGAUGUCUUCCCUGUAAUGCACAGCAUUGAGAUUGCCUGCAAUGACAAUAAACUCAGUCCGAUGAUGCUGUGACACACCGCCCCAGACCAUGACGGACCCUCCACCUCCAAAUCGAUCCCGCUCCAGAGUAAAGGCCUCGGUGUAACGCUCAUUCCUUCGACGAUAAAUGCGAAUCCGACCAUCACCCAUGGUGAGAGAAAACCGCGACUCGUCAGUGAAGAGCAUGUUUUGCCAGUCCUGUCUGGUCCAGCGACGGUGGGUUUGUGCCCAUAGGCAACGUUGUUGCCGGUGAUGUCUGGUGAGGACCUGCCUUACAACAGGCCUACAAGCCCUCAGUCCAGCCUCUCUCAGCCUAUUGCAGACAGUCUGAGCACUGAUGGAGGGAUUGUGCAUUCCUGGUGUAACUCGGGCAGAUGUUGUUGCCAUCCUGUACCUGUCCCGCAGGUGUGAUGUUCGGAUGUACCGAUCCUGUGCAGGUGUUGUUACACGUGGUCUGCCACUGCGAGGACGAUCAGCUGUCCGUCCUGUCUCCCUGUAGCGCUGUCUUAGGCGUCUCACAGUACGGACAUUGCAAUUUAUUGCCCUGGCCACAUCUGCAGUCCUCAUGCCUCCUUGCAGCAUACCUAAGGCACGUUCACGCAGAUGAGCAGGGACCCUGGGCAUCUUUCUUUUGGUGUUUUUCAGAGUCAGUAGAAAGGCCUCUUUAGUGCCUUAAUUGCCUACCGUCUGUAAGCUGUUAGUGUCUUAACGACCUUUCCACAGGUGCAUGUUCAUUAAUUGUUUAUGGUUCAUUGAACAAGCAUGGGAAACAGUGUUUAAACCCUUUACAAUGAAGAUCUGUGAAGUUAUUUGGAAUUUUACCAAUUAUCUUUGAAAGACAGGGUCCUGAAAAAGGGACGUUUCUUUUUUUGCUGAGUUUAUAUAUAGUCUCUUUAUUAGUAAAAUAGUGUUCGAUAUUACAAUAAUGUUUGUGUUGUUUUAGUACAGAAUUGCUUUACAGGGUAUCAGUAGUUUUUAUUUCAUUCACCUCUUACCUUACCUCACUUCCUGUUUCCAGCACAAUACUGGAGAAUCCUCCUUCCUCCUCCCUGUCCCGCCCCUUCUCCCCCACUCCCACCUUGGGCUACAUCUGUGGGCCCCUCCCCUCCAACCAACUGGAGGACGGGAUGACUGAUGACCAUGAGUCCCAGCCAAUGGGCUCCCGACGGUCCCGGCUCCAGAGCACACCCUUGUCGCUCUGCAGCGAAUGGGAGGGCUCGCUGUGGAAUGGCUGGGGAUCUGUGUCAGAGGGCAACAUGGCUAGCAGCACCCGCACCAGCCUCAUCAGCUCGUCGGACGGCUCAUUUAUGAACGAUGCCAAUUUUGCCCGCGUGCUGGCCACCAUGGCCGCAGAGUCCAUGAGUGGAGCCUCUUUCUCAGGCAAGACUACUGGAGAAAAGUUAUUCACACAUUAAUUAUAGGUCAUUCUUUAGCCAAUCAUACUUUAACAGCUUACUUGCGAUUGAGAUGUGUCUUGUCACCAACUACCACUAGGUGGUGGACUCUUACCAUACAAUCCUAAAAUGGUGCCUUGGAGUCUGAUUUACAACAGAUUCCUCUUUUACCUCUAGCCUCUAUGUGGUCAUCAAAUACUUGUGUAAGAAGAUUUUUUGGUGGACAUCUCAGGCUACAUCAGGGUUAUGUUUAUUAAUGAAUUGAACAUUGUCUAUAGUAUUUAACAACGACUUUACAACUCAUAAAUGGAAUUGUAGUUUAUUCCCUCGAGUAGCUGGUAGUGAAAUGGAAUUGACCACACGAUCGGGUGUCACCAGUUUUCCUUUGUGUAGCUUAUCGGCAUGCUCUGUAUCCACUGGGGAUGUAGCCUAGACUAGAGUUAAGCAGUGGUCUUGUAUUCAGGGAGGACUACAUGUGGGAAAUGUCAGUGGUUGUGUGGCCACUGAGACUGACCUAUGGGACAGAUAGAUGUGAUUGAGGUGAGAGUGUAUCUCACAGACACACACAGUGGAGAGUGUGUGUGUGUGUGUGUGUUGUGUGUGUGUGUUGUGUGCAAUUACUCAAGUGUGUGUGUGUCUGUGCGUGUGUGUGUGUGUUAGGUAUUUGGUGCACUCAGGAUUCAGGGGUGGCAACGGGCGAUUACUUAGGACCUCUCAGCAAAUUGAAGGUGCUAGCGAGCAAUCGUUCUCAGACUGUCAUUUAAUCAAUCACUCUGUCCUUUCUCCAAAUCUGCAGACGGCCGAUUCAACUUUAUUCCAUUUGCCCAAUUGUUAUUUUUAUUACAGGAGUGUUGCCACGGUGAAACAGAGUCCUGAUUGUGCAUUUUACAAAUAGGAUUGCUUAAGUGUGUGUGUGUGUGUGUGUGUGUGUGUGUGUGUGUGUGUGUGUGUGUGUGUGUGUGUGUGUGUGUGUGUGUGUGUGUGUGUGUGUGUGUGUGUGUGUGUGUGAGAGAGGAGAGUGAUCAAUCAAAGUAGUUGAUCAUCAAUUAGGAUUUUGGUCCCUGUCAAUGGCUUCACCAUGUUGCCAAAUGGGCUAUUAACAAGUAGACAAUUAGACAAUGGAUUCAAAGCUUGUGUCCCAAAUGGCACCAUAUAUAUAAUGUACUACUUUUGACCAGGGCCCAUAAGGUCAUUUUCCAGGCCAAGGGGACAAUUCCAAUGAAAAAGUUGGGAAAUGCAUCAUACAUCAGGUUUUUACUGUUGAUAUAGGACAAAGAGGCAAUCUCUGGCACUGUUAAAAUAUCACCUUUCUGUUAUCGUAUCUCUUUUAUCAUGAUGUCAGUUGUCAUAUCAUAUCUCUCUGUAUCAUGGUAUCAGUUGGCAUAUCUCUCUGUAUCCUGGUAUCAGUUGUCAUACCAUAUCUCUCUUUAUCCUGGUAUCAGUUGUCAUAUCUAUGUAUCAUGGUAUCAGUUGUCAUAUCUCUCUGUAUCAUGGUAUCAGUUGUCAUAUCUCUCUUUAUCAUGUUAUCAGUUGUCAUAUCUCUUUGUAUCAGUUAUCAUAGCUCUCUCUAUCCUGGUAUCAGUUGUCAUACCAUAUCUUUCUUUAUCCUGGUAUCAGUUGUCAUCUCUCUCUUUAUCAUGGUAUCAGUUGUCAUAUCUAUGUAUCAUGGUAUCAGUUGUCAUAUCUCUGUAUCAUGGUAUCAGUUGUCAUAUAUCUCUGUAUCAUGGUAUCAGUUGUCUUAUCUCUCUGUAUCAUGGUAUCAGUUGUCAUAUCUCUGUAUCAUGGUAUCAGUUGUCAUAUAUCUCUGUAUCAGUUGUCAUAUCUCCCUGUAUCAUCAUGGUAUCAGUUUUCAUAUCUCUGUAUCAUGGUAUCAGUUGGCAUAUCUCUCUGUAUCAUUGUAUCAGUUGUCAUAUCUCUCUUUAUCAUGGUAUCAGUUGUCAUAUCUCUCUGUAUCAACGUAUCAGUUGUCAUAUCGCUCUGUAUAAUGGUAUUAGUUGUCAUAUCUCUCUUUAUCAUGGUAUCAGUUGUCAUAUCUCUCUGUAUCAAAGUAUCUGUUGUCAUAUCGCUCUGUAUAAUGGUAUUAGUUGUCAUAUCUCUCUUUAUCAUGUUAUCAGUUGUCAUAUCUCUUUGUAUCAGUUGUCACAUCUCUCUGUAUCAUGGUAUCAGUUGUCAUAUCUCUUUGUAUCAGUUGUCAUAUCUAUUUGUAUCAGUUGUCAUAUCUCUCUGUAUCAUGGUAUCAGUUGUCAUAUCUCUUUGUAUCAGUUGUCAUAUCGCUCUGUAUCAUGGUAUCAGUUGUCAUAUCUCUCUUUAUCAUGUUAUCAGUUGUCAUAUCUCUUUUUAUCAGUUGUCAUAUCUCUCUUUAUCAUGGUAUCAUAUAUGUCUUUGUAUUAUGGUAUCAUGUAUCUCUCCACAUGGUGUCUGCUGUUGUGUCAUGGUAUCAUGCAUCUGUGUGUGUGUGUGUGUGUUAACUAACUCUAGUUUUGUUCUCCUCUCCAGACUUCUCUCCCCCAGCAUCGCCCCUCAGUGCCCUGUUCCCUCCGGCUCGAGGGGAAGGAGGGGAGUGUUUCGGUGAGCUGGAUCCCAUGCCUGUCUGGGACUGGAGUACAGCCUGGGUGGAGGAGAUGGAGGCGCAGUAUCGCGCCCAGUACCCCUCCCAGGCCGAUGCACCCCCCGCCUGCGACACCUGGGAGCAUCGUCGUGAUGACCGUCACUGUGAGGACCGCCGAGCCACCGGAGGGGGUAGGGUUUGAGGACGAGGGGGGUCAAGGACGACCUCACAGCGAUGAUUGGUUGGCUUGAUGAUGAUGAGUUGUUAUUCAAAUCCAUUUCAAUGCCAAGACAUGCAUUUAAUUUACUCAUGAUUUGUUAAGUACUCAUCGAAAAGCAGGAGAUAAACAAUGUAAUUGUAAGUUUCAUGCAUGAAUUAGAAAGUGCCAUUUGUUUUCCUGUGAGUGCUUUACAACAAGUCAUGAGUAGAAGAUGUAAUUGGGAAUUGAAUGAAGUUGACCAUUCAACCUCUCCCAUCCAGACCACUAUUGGUUACCUGAACUAGGUUUCCCAGAAUACCUCAGGGCAGUCUCUCCCAUGAAAAUAGAGUUCCUAGAAUGGGCAUCUUCUAUUUCUAUGGAUCCUCCUCCAUUUUGUGUUCUCCAUAUGUCCUAACCUGGGAUGGUCUUCCCAAGAGUUUAACCACAGACCCAAAAACAACAUAAAAAAAGUUUCAGUCACAUUUUCUCAACUCGUGUCAUACCAGGUCGUUCCAGAAUAAAUAUUUGGAGUGUUAUGCUUUUAGUGGCACUAUUACUGUAAUGCAGUGCAUUUUUCUUCUUCCAGAAUCUUCCAAGGGCUAUGAUCCUGCUAUCCUGGUUAAAACAGACACAACUGAACGCACAAUG